CUCUCUCUCUCUCUCUCUCUCUCUCUCUCUCUCUCUCUCUCUCUCCUCCAGUUUCCAUGGUGGUAGUGUAGGUGAAGGAGAGGAGCGAGGCGAGAGCUUCUUCUAUUGUGGACUCUUUCUCGCUCUACAUCCAUCGAUCUCACUUGGGUAAAUUGCGCAGUGGGAGUCAUUUGAGCCUACUUUUGGGUAUUUGGUGAGAUUGUUUAGAGAUUCUUGUAGUAUUUUGAGCCUACUUUUGCCUACUUUAUAGUCAAAGCAGUAAUUCUUGCUCAAGAAAGGAAAAUAGUCUAAUUGUUGGAUUGAGUGUAGUAGAUCAAAUAACUUUGUUUUGGGCUGAGCUUGCUAAUAUUGUUGAUUGUUAUUUGUUGAAUAUGGACAAUCAAUCAAUGCGAAUAUCAUCGGUUAUUAUAAAAGCUUGUUGAAUUUCUCUACCAAAAUGAUGGUCCUCUUUAAGAGGUCCAUAAGCUAAGGAAAUGGAAAUUGUGGAUUGGUUACAAUGCCUCUACUUGCAAACUUUCAUUUUGUUGGAGAAAAAGAAGUUAGAAUAAUUGUUAGUUUGGCAAGUAAUAAGAGGCGCAAGAUUUCUUGUAUGAAAACUUUUAAAACCAUGUGAUCUAACUCAAGAAAGAUGAUCCAUUUUUGUCCAAAUCAUAAUAAUAUCGUAUACAAGGUUCUUUGGUGACAAUGAUCGACUCCAUAUACUUGGACCCUCACUAUUCAGCCCUUUAAGGUCUUUAAACUCCUUUUGUUAUACCCCAUAAUGGAUCUAAUUUACUCUUCUAGCUUUACCUUAAACACUUGUCAUUUUGUGUUGUGUGUGAACUGACUAUGUGGUACAAUUGGGAAUAAUUUGGUGUAGAGCUAAUAGUUCAUGAGCAAAACGAACAAUUCGACGCUCUUUGGUAUGGAAUUCGCAGAUUGAUGCAAAACAUGUUGGAAGAUAUUAUUUUCAUUGAUAGUUUGUUAGAGAUAAGAUUUAUCCACGUAAUUGACGUUAUGUAGAGUUUGUAAUAUUUAAGGAUUUAAUAGUGAUAGGAUUCAAAGUCUUCGAAGUAGACUCCGGGUGUAGCAGAGAAAUUACUAUAACGAAUAAAGUUUAGUUUUCCUCCUCUAAUAUUUUCUUCUCCAUUUUGCUUAGUAAAUUAUUGAUGGGUUACAUAACUUGUAUAAAUGUAAAGCCGGUUCGAUAAAUUGAUAUCAGAGUGAUAUCCAUUCCAACAAAAUGGAUUGGUUAGGAGAGAGUCGGACCAGUUGGUGCUGAUGGGUUGAUGGAAUUGACUUCGAGUUGGUAGGAUAAAGAUGUGUUGUUUCUGGUCUAGGUUUAGAACUUCGAAAGGAAUAUGGUAGUCUUUCAUAAUUCAAAUUAAAGCUAGGGUUUGUGGAUCAUGAAAGAGAGCAGAGGAGUGCCGUCAUGAGAGAGUCAAGGAAGUGCUCUUAGAAGAGAAAUAGCACCUUGAUGGAGACGACAAGGAAAAGCACCUACAGGGACGUAUAUAGAGGGUGAGAGUGAUCUAGAUCGGAGCAGUGCAGUAGGAGUAGAAAUAGAGUGGGAAGAAGAAGAUUAGGGGAAAAGCCUUCUAGUUUAGGCAACGGAGAGAGAAGUCAUAGGGAACUUCCUAAUAACAUAAAUGAUUUUCAUACAAUCAUGAGCUGACUGCAAAGUACCCCGCUUAGGCUUGUUUAAAGAUUUUGGAAAGUAAUACUGCCUAGAAAGUUAGUUAUUGUUAUUGUAGAACGCAGCGAAAGAUUGGAUCAUCCUCUUUGGUGAAAGCUAAUUGUGUUGCUCUUUCUUCGCAUACGAUUGGUUCCAAUCAUAGAGGUUGAUUCGCGCGUCCUUUGAUUAUCCAUGAAGGUCCUCCAACAUUCAAAACCUGCGGUAGACUAAGCUGCUAAUGAGCUAAGUCUAUAUUUGACUAUUCAAGACCCUAUAGACUCAAUGAGUUAAUGGAGGAACUGGUUUUUCUUUCUCUCAAAAGGUCACGGGCACGCGAAUUUCACACUAAUUUCUCUUGAUUUUCAAAUUAUUUUUCUACUGUAAUUUACCAGAGAAAAGCACGUAUUUGUUUGUUACCUUAAUAUAAUUAGAAAAAUGAGAUAAAGGUAAUCCUAGUCCAAUUGGAUAACCAUUGGAUAGAGACUGACCAUGGGCGCGCUUAAUUUGGUCCAGCCGAAUGCCAACAGUUAUCUAUACGCUAACAACGAUUUUCAAAAUUUAAAAGUUCAAAGUAAGUCAUAGCUGUUAACAAGCUAAUUUAAAAUUCCAAAAUUCAAAAACUUAAAAUUAAAAAUUAAUUUUUAAUCUCAAAAUUCAAACAUAAGAAGACCUAAUCUAAUGCAAGUUACAUUAUAGAGUGAUUCAAAAGAAGGUUUGGACUUGAAGCUGCUUCUGGAAGAAGAGAACCCAAGUGUAUUCUUGCCUUGCCAUGCUAUAUGUUUUUAGGCAGUUGUGUAUGCACAAGACAAGAGAACAGAACUUCAUUGGGGAGCUCCCCAGUGGGGAGGGCAGGUGUGAAUUGUUGGAUUAUAUUUUUGUGAAUCUCAAAGCAAAUUAAAGAAGCAAUUUUCCCUUUGUACUGUUGUUUACUAAUGCAGUCCAAUUUUUAGUGUAUUUAUUGACAAGUAUUAUUCAUUCCUUUUAUCUGAAGAGGCAUAAUGUUAAAAUCACUUGCUAGUUCAAUACUUCAACAUUAAAUAUACCUAGUAAUUUUUGCCUAAACCACUAUUAUUGUGAUGCACUUUCCGAAAUGAUGUGCUUUGAUGUCCUUCUUGAAUCUAAAUGAAGUAGUCGUUGUUCCAGGAACUGCAGCAUAGAGGGAUAAUAUGUUCCCGGAAACUUUUAAAUUUGUUGGUGCACGGACGAGAUCUUUGUUUGAGCAUGAGAAAAGUAUUAGUAGUUACAUAUACAUCGCGUUCAAAUCUGCAGUCGAAAAUUGUUUUUUCCUUUGCAGAGAUGUAGCAUUUUGUGGAGCAUUCCCUGGAGUUCACCAGGAAUGAACUUAGAUAUUCUAUCCAGCUAUGGACCAGGCAAGUGUUUCUGAGGCAUAUAUAUUUGGUGACCAGGCUACGAGUGACAUCACUAUUUGCUUACAAAACAAAGAUGAUCGGCCAGAAUGGUUCCACUGCCACUCACCUAUUUUGAUAAAAAAGAGCAGGUUUUUCUCCGAUCAGCUUGUUAACCACAAUAACACUUCCCUUACUCUCGAAUUUAAUAGAUGCAUUGAAGUUCAGUGCCCAAAAUCUGAUUAUGACCACUAUGUCAAGCUCUUGAACCUUCUCUAUCUCUCAGAAGAAUCACUUCUAGGCUCAUUUGAUUCAGUCAAAUCCACACUUGGUAUUCUCCGAGCCUCAAUUUCCCUUCAGUGUGAAUCAAUCAUCCAAAACUGCAUCGAGUACUUGGAAGCUGUGCCUUGGGAUGAAAAAGAGGAGGAAGAUAUAUUAAGUUUAGUUCCAUCCCUCGGCCCACGGGCCUUCCCUAUUUUGGCUCGCGUCAAUCCCGUUAAUAACAAUUCUGUGAAGAAUGUUUUCCUCUCCGCUAUUCGCUUCGCCACGAAUAUGGAAAGCCCACCCCCUCCCUUCUUAGAAGAACUCAAGACUUCGGCUCAAGAACAAAUAGAGUAUAUGCUUCUAGAAGAUGAAGACACUCCUUUGGUUGUUACAGAUGAAGAUGUGAAGUCUGAGGUGCAAGCGGGCCUAGAGAAGAUGUUCACCACUUUCAAGAACGGGCUCGAGUCACUGCCUUUUGAGUUCGAUCGGUCGCCCGAGCAAGCCGAACAGAGAGUCCUGUAUGACCUAGCCGACCUCGAGUGGAUAUCUAAUGUGCUUCCCAAGAUUGAAAUGAUGAAGGAUUUUGUUUCGAGUUGGAUCGAGAUCUCUCAAUAUGUAAUUGCAGUUGUCCAAGGUGAGAAGUAUAAUUCCAACUUGUGGGCCGUGAAAGCCAAGCUGAUAGAAGUGACUGGAAAGGCUCUGGAUGCUGUUGGUUAUGGCUCGGUGGUACUUCCAACUUCUUCUAGGGUUGAAUUCAUUAACACUUGGCUUCCGUAUUUAAGGAAGAUGAAGCCUCUGCUAGAUUCAAAGAGUGAAGAAGAUGAGGGAUUUUGUCAUAAAAUUGAUGGAGAUGUUUGUCAGAAUAUCGAAGGAGCGAUUGUUUCGCUCGUCCUGGCACUGCCGUCGAGCGAUCAAGCAGAAAUUCUUGCUGAGUGGAUGAGCAAGACGGAACAGUUGAAAUAUCCGGAUCUGAGUGAGGCAUUUGAAGUUUGGUGCUAUAGGACCAAAACGGCGAAGAGGAGGUUAAUGGUGGGCCUUGAUGGAGCCGGAAAUAACCCGGUCAGUUUCUAAUUUGCUCACUGCUACGUCUUUUUCUUUUGCUAUUGCUAAGUUAACUUGCGGUGAUUUUGCUAAUUUUCACAUUGUUGUAACCUGUAAUAGAGCCUUUUAACUUUCUAUUCAAGCAAUUUUUCCUACUCUCUCUUCUAAUCUAUUACGUAGUUUUGCAUACACCGUAUAUAAAUUUGAUGGCAGGGUUCUCAUGUUUGGAUUCCAGAUUUUGACUCCGCCAAGUUUUUUCUUUC